UACACAUAGAUAAAACUGAACCGGUUCAAAAUCUUCCCCAAAUCACCAUUUUCAUCGUUCUCCACCUUCUCCUUCUUUUUCAAUCCUCUCCCGAAAUUUUCCCUAAUCUCUACCCAUUUCUCUGUCUCUACAUCUCCAAGAUGAUACUCAGAGCAACCGGUUCAAUAUUCCGAACAACAGUGCUUUUCCCAACCCCAAUUUCAAGCAACAACAACAGAAUCGAUUAUUCUCAUUUCCUUAAUAACCGAAGAAGAACCAAAGCAACAUCAGUAGUUUGCGGUCUCCGUUCAUACCAAAAAAGAAAGCCACCGUCAAUGGUAAUUUCAAAAGAAAGCGUUUCAGUAAUUCACGCUCUCAAACUCGCCAAAAAUUCCGACGAAAAACUCAACCAAGUUCUCAAGUCUAAACUCCUCCGACUCUUGAAAGCUGAUGUCUUAGACGUUUUGGCUGAAUUGCAGAGACAAAACCAACUCCAUUUAUCUCUCAAGGUUUUUGAGUUUAUUAUUGGUGAUGAGGAAGAUAGGUGUGAUGAUACCUUGGUGCUGUCUUUGUAUUCUGAUAUGAUACUGUUAUUGGGGAAGAACAAGAUGGUUGAGAUGGCGGAAGAGAUGUUUGAUCGGGUGGUGGAGAAGGGGUUGAAGCCGGAUACGAGGUUGUUUAAUGAGAUGAUCGGGGUUUAUUUGCAAGUUGGUAAUAAGGAGAAGGCGAUGGAGGUUUUUGGAACAAUGAAGGGUUUGGGUUCGUGGUGUUUGCCGGAUGAAUUGACGUUUACGAUAUUGAUUAGGAGUUUGAUGAAGAAUGGAGAAAAUGAGCUGGUAGAAAGUUUGAAGAAAGAGAGUUUUGACUAUGUUAAUGCACCUGGUAAAUUUGUUCAGAAAGUCCAGCAGAUACAUGCAAAAAGACGUGUCAAUCUGGUUGUGUAAUUUCCUGCGUUGAAGGGGGUUCUACUGUACUGGUUUUAUCGGAGAUGCUGCGUUCAGUAUUUCACACAUUUGAGCUUUUCAACUCAACAUUAUUUUUGUGCAAAUACUGUUAGUGGCAACUGUCAAUUUGGUUGUAAUGAUGGCAUAUGUGAAUGGGGUAGGGGUAGGCACUAAUGGUUUUAGAAUUGUUAGGGUAGCCAAAUUAUAUAUAGUUGUGCAUUGUUGCAAUGUUAGUGAGAUCAUUUGUACUUUUGAUUUGAACAAUUAUAACAAUAAGGAUGUUGCACCUCAAUGAUUCUGAAUGAUUGAUCUUGUUGAGAAAGUAAUGGUAGAUUUUUAGAUGGAAGCAUUAAGAAUAAAAAUUUU